ACACAAGCAAGCUCAGAAGCUUCGAUGAACUCAAGUUUCAUUCCAGGAGAUCACUUGGGUUUCGCGGCGAGGCAUUGGCUAGUGUGAAUGCCUUGGCCCAGCUUACCAUCACUACAAAAGUCGCCUCCGAACCAGUCGCUGCUAUGCUCCAUAUUUCACCAGGUACAGGAGGUGUAGCCAAGCAACAGCGGGUAUCAGCGCCUAUCGGGACCACCGUAAGUAUCGCCAAUUUGUUCGACAAGCUCCCAGUUCGAGAACAAUUCGCCGUAAAGGAAUCGGUGAAAUCAAUAGAACAGAUCCGGGAGCUGCUUCGUUCUUACGCCCUAGCGAGGCCCCAGCUCAAGCUUAUGUUCAAAGUCCUGCAGUCGCCGAAGCAACAUUGGUCCUACUCACCAAACCCAAAUUCCAGUGUGAAGCAAGUAGCUAUUCAGCUUUUCGGCGCAGAUUUCGCGACUAAUUGUUUUGAAAAGACUUACAAGAUUGAUGCUUCCACUAAAACAAGUGACACUUCCAACGAAAGCAAGGAACCUAUGUUGAAUGACCACUACGUAUUCGAAGCCUUACUUCCGAAGCCACCUGCCGAUCCUUCUAGGAUUCCAAAGCAACGCUACUUCUCAGUCGACGGCCGUCCACUCACAGCUAAAAGAGGUACCAUGAAGAAACUAUUGGGGAUUUAUAAUGAGCACACCAACGGUGCUCCGACCGCUAAGCACAAGUAUUCUUUUAUUCGAUUGAAUAUCAAUUGUCCUCCUGGAAGUUAUGACGUAAAUGUCGAACCCUCCAAGGACGACGUCUUGUUUUCCGAUGAGAAUCUGAUACUUGACGGGUUUAGAGGUUUGUGUCAGGAAGUAUACCCUCCCUCUUCGCUUGAAAAUCGAAGGCUCCAAGUCCUAGCCGAGCGCAGCGGCAUGACAGACAAUGGGAGCAGCCUGAAGCUUCAAAAAACACCACCUGCGUACCCUACGGGAGAAGCUAGUUCCCAAGUCGCUGAUGACCCGGACUGCCCGCUAGAAGUGCAAUGUACCGAUUCACGAACGAUAUCCAUAAUACCACCCCCAGAGAAAACCCUAUCUACAACUAACCGACCCACGUCGGCUAGACAUAAAUAUGUCCCCAACAACACCGAGUUUAUUGCAGACACCAUACAUGUAGCUAUACCUACAACUAUGAAAAACAUAUAUGCCAAAAAUGCACCUUCAGCCAAAAGCCAAAUUGGAUUCAAGGUUAACAUGUCCACAGAUCUCAAUGAAUAUGACGACAGCAGCCAACGUAGGACGAGCCCACGGUACGGUCAGAAACCGUCCAGUCAACUCCAAGAACAAGAUCUUGCCAAAUGUUCAGCACCUUCAGAUAUAAACCCAUGGCUUAUCGCUAAAAUGAAUCCAGCCCGCAGGAACACGAACAGGCAGUUUAUAAACGAGCAGGUUGAUGAUAAGGCCUUAUCUCCACUAUCAUUUGAGCCACCUAUGACCCCAGAUCCUCCUGUCCUUCAACACGCAGGAGCAGCGCCUGGGGACCUCGAUGUUCCACCUAGUCAGAAGUACCUAUACUCACGAGACGGCAUCCGUAAUCUACGCCCUAGAGUACCAGGCGGGUCAUAUCGAAACUCGAUGUCGAGACCAAAGGAAGUAGCGCCGCAGAGAGGAUCAGAAAGUUAUGCAAUGCCUACGACCUUAAAGCCGAGACGACGUUACCGCGGUAAUCUACCAUGGUCUCCACCUUCAUCCGUAGAGCGCAUUCCACCACCAAGCAAUAGCCACUUGACUAAUGGCGAAAGUACAUUAGUAUCUCAUGAUACGAAAGAUAGUACGAAGCAGACAAAAUUAUCCUUCGGGGGCUCUAGGAAACGUCAGCUCCCAGAAGACGGCAGCGAGACAAUCGACCAAGAGGCGCAAGGCGAAACCGGUUUACAACGCAUGUUGAAUUCGGCAAGGCGGAACCUCAACCACCAACUUUCACAGCAGGAAGAAGUCAAUUAUUCAAGCCUCAAAGAACCUAUUAAGACAUCCUUGCCUGUUGAUGAUCCUCGAGCGUAUCUUUUGCGUCGACAGAAGUCGGCAGCUGCAGGAAAAGGCAGCACAAGACCUGGGAGAAUCAAACGACUGAAAAGUUCACUCUUGCCCCUGGAGAACACCUCUCCCGAAGAACAAACACAUCCGCUUGUUCUAAUCAAGGUACUGGACAAGGAAGUUCUACAUACCAUUGCGACGCAAAGCGCUCUAUAUGAUGUAUACACGGAAAAGGGUACUGAUUACGGCGGUCUUGAUAUGGAUCUUGAAAAGGGCCGCGAAGUUGAACGGCGCUUGCAAUCGUUACUGCGUGCGCAGAAAGAUACGGUUGAUAGCGAACAGAAUGGGGUGGAAAUCGACCUCUGCUCUUCAUUGAAAGGCAAGAACACUCUAUCUAAAGCUUGAUUGGGUGAGUCAAGCCAUGGUAAUUUGAUUGAGGAGUUACGCGUAAAAGACGGUGUGCUCGGUUAAUUAGUUGAUUUUACUUGGAGUUGCUAGGAGCUGAUAUUAAAAGGGCAUAUUAUUACUAAAUUUCUCAAUUACAUACAAUGGGCUACGCUGCUAGGGACUUACACGAUUGCUAUACAAGAUCGGGAGUCAUAUUUCUUAGAAAAAGAUAGACGUAAUGAGAACUCCUUGUCAAAUAGUGCCUCGACGGCGGCAUCAUUGAUAACGUAGCAC